ACACAGAGAUCGGCAGAGCUGAGAGGCACUGAGGAGGGAACACACACUUACUUAAACACACACACCCACACACACAAAGACAACAGGCCUAUUGUUCACACAGACACACACACAUGCACGCACACACAAGUAAUCACAGUUGUUGAUCAGCCUAACACACACACUCUUUAACACGCACACUCUUUGCUGGACCCUGGAUUGACCACUUGAGGAUACAUCCCGCAGCACUCCAUUUCCCAUCAUGCACCAGCGGAGCCUCUCAAAGCUCCAGGGGGUCACCACCCAGCGGGGUGCCUUAACCCCAUGGACUAGCCAGGACGGAGCCUCGUGGAGCUCCAGGCCGAGGAGGGAAUCCGGUCGUUGUCGCUGCACGCCGAGGGGAGCUCCUCUGUGGGCAUGGCUGCUCCUGGGGGCCCUGGUGGUUCCUGGAGCCUGGAGCUAUUUGAGCGAGGAGCAGGAGGAGCUGCUGGUGGAGCUUCAUAACCACUACAGAGGGCAGGUUUCACCCAGUGCCUCAGCCAUGCUGCCUCUGAAGUGGGACUCCAGCCUGAAGUUGCUUGCAGAGGGCUACGCUGCUAAAUGCAUCUGGAACCACAAUCCAGAGCUGGAGGACACCGGGGAAAACCUGUUUGCUGGAACUGGGCCUCUGGACCUCAGAGAGGCUCUCGAGAAAUGGUUCUUGGAACACCUGGACUACGACUUUCAGAACAACAGCUGUGAUGAAGACAAGAUGUGUGGACACUACACACAGAUGGUGUGGGCAGACACACACAGAGUCGGCUGUGCCUUCCACAUCUGUAACAGUAUGGAGGGACUGGACUGGGAGAGAGUCUCCUUCCUCGUCUGCAACUACUACCCACCGGGGAACUAUGAAGACGAGCGGCCGUAUGUUGAAGGUGACUGGUGCUCCAGAUGUCCUGAAAACCUCCAGAAGUGUGAAAACAACCUCUGUGUUGCUGACACAGUGGAGGAAGAGGUCGAAGACGAAGAAGAAGGUGAAGAGUUAGUGACGGCUGAUCCAUCCCGCCAGCCUCCAGAAAGUAAUCCUCCUGCAAGAGUCGACCCCCCUGUCCAGCCUGCCACCACUGACAGUGCUCCCAGUAUUCCCACCACCCUCUUCAAAUGGUUCUCUAAAGACACCCCAGCAACGACCACCACUACCAAAGUCCCUGUAGCUCCCUCAGCAACACUGGGAAAAGAUGAAGAGGUCAAAGAAAGCGUGGAGGAGGAGAAGGAGGAGAAGGAGGAGAAGGUAGAGCAGGAGAAAAGAAAGGAAACUACAGCUAGCAAGGCGGCAGAAAGGGAGAUGGACGUAACACGAAAAAUACACGAGGACAUCAAAGUAUCGAGUGCUGCUUCGGUAUUGUCACUUUCGGUCCUGUUUGCCUGCCUGAUCGCGAUGCUGACUCUCAGGCUGUGAGGAGGAAGAGGAUGACCUCACCACUCUUGCAUCAACUGCACAUUUACCUUGUUAACCCGCCCUGCGGUAACAAACUGUUUCCCCUGUAGAGCAAAAUAGGUCAGUUAAUAAUUCACAUUCACCAGAAAACAGCUGCUGCAACAUCUGCAUGAAGUCUGGGCUGCGAUCUGGGUCGAAUAAUGUGAGCCAAACCUGCUUCAACCUGGUGGGAAAACCUAAAUAUUACUGCCAGGAAAUUACACAACUAAAAUUGCUGUUUUCAUAAAGAGGAAACUAAUUGAACUCAUGUGCUUUAAGGGUUUUUCAACCACUUAAAGAAAAAAAAAAAAAGACUUCCUUUGCAGAGCUUCUCCAUCAGAACUGGUGUCAGAUAGCAGCCUUCAAAUUAGCAUCAUUAUUUGCUUAUGUAUAAACCUUUCAGACUGUUGUUGCUGUUAGCUGAGUGUAUCAGGAGCAUUAAGUUCUGACCAAAGUUCACAAUACACCCACCAACAACUGCAAAAAUGGUUCAAAUAGCUACAAAGCUUCUUCAAAAUAACAAAUGUGUGUCGAAAAUUACUCUCUUUUUUUCUGAAAUGACACAAAUUAGUUUUUCUUGAAAUAUAAAAUUGUCUACAAUUGCUUGAAGUUUGCCCAAUAUUAGUUUAAUAGCUAAGAAAUUUGUCCAAAAUGCCUUGAAAUGUGUCAAAAAACACACACAAUUUCUCCAAAAUGAGUUUAAAUUGCUCAGAAGGACUUAAAGUUACAAAAUUACAAAAAGUUUCCCAAAUGGUCAAAACUUGCCCAAAAGGUUUUGAUUUUUGAUGGAUUUUUCAGUUGACUGGAAGGAAACACAGAAAAUAGAAAGCUUCCACAGAUGUGUUAUAAGAACUGGAAUUUUUGGGAUAGAUUAAAGCAUGUAUGCAAAAUUUAGUUCAGAGCAGAACGUGAUUGCUUGACAUUUGUUUUUCCACUAAAAAAUUCUCAUUAAGUGAUCAAAAUGUAAUAUGGAACAGCAUGUUGAGUUUGCUAAUUUGUGAGAAAGCAACAGCUAGCGCUUGCUAGCGCUAAUUUGUUCUUCUCUCUGUAUUUCUGUGACUGAGAAAUCAGUUACAAUGUUCCAAAAUAUUUGUAAUUUGAAACUCAAUGUAUCAUCAUAUGUCAAUAAGGCAACAGUUGUUGUUCAAAGAGUAAAAUUACCUGCAAAUAAAUGUAAAUAAUUGCCUUAAUUACUUACAGAACAGUUGUGAAUGGAAACAGACUAAACAGACAGAAAACUUUGCUCUACAUUUGGAUGAAAACUCAGCAAAUGAACAACACCGGACCUGAUUCAGAGAUCUAAAACUAGUUGUUUCCCUUGACCUCUAGUCUUUGUGCUAAGCUAGGUUAAUAAUGUUCCACAUCUUAAUUUGACCAGUAAGCACAAAUACAUUUCCUAAUGCUGCUUAAAUUCAGAAAAGAAAAAGAAACGAUGUUUUCCCAAAGUGAAUUCUACAGUUUAUUACUAAGUGGUGCGGAUUCACUCUGCUAAUAAUGUCAUCAAAGAGUAAUAAUGAAGUGCUGAAGUGGUCUCUUAAGAAUACAUCCAAAAAAAUAUUGUUAUAUCAUAAUUUGUCUUUCGGUGUUUAAGCUCUGCAAACUCAACUGCCCAUGACACCAGAUCCACAGAGCUGUACUUCCUCCGUACUGAAAACCAAAAAAGAUUUAAGUGGUGUGGAGAGACGCUGCUCACCAAACUGCAGGCCCCCACAGAUCGCCUCUUCACGUUGGGCCAUGCAUCGUUUGUAUCUGCAGGGCGAAGGUGGCAUCAGUGCAUUUCUGUCUCAUAGAAAAGAGACUUAAAAAUACAGCAUCAUCUCGUGUGGAAAAGCACAAUACUACGAUCGAGUGGAAGCAAAAGGAGUUGGAGACGUUUUUAUUGUGAUUUUAUUACAGUUGAAUUGCAGGAGAAAUGAUUGCUGAACUGUGUUUUGAACUGACGACCCUGCUUCUUCUUCUUCUUUUUUCACAAAUACAUAUCUACUGUACACUUUAUAUUCUCUCAGACUGGAACUACAACUGGACAGCGUCUAAUGAUUUACCAACUUUACCGUAAUUAUCUGUAAUAAUUUUCACAGAGAUUGCUGCAAGUGUCUGUAUAUAAGAUUAAUAAAGAAAUAAACCUUAUAUGUUCUCUUUUUGACAA